AUGGGUCGUCCCUCAAAGAUACCUCCGUUUUCUCACUACGACGUCUACAAAACGUCCGAUAUAGACUUCUUCAUAUCCCUCUUCUCUGGAAGAGAAGAGCUCUAUAAUCCAUGUGAGGAGUUCAGUGAAAGACGCCAAAAGGCAUUCCACUUCAUUGAGAAAAAGUGUGGUCACUUUUUGGCAAUGAGAAAAGGAAGAAACGCAGAGAAACUUUGGCUCUAUCUGUUCAACGAUUUCGAGAAAUUAAUACGAAAUGGUGGUGAUAGGAACGACGAGAAAAGCAAAUCAAUCACAGUUUUUUAUGAUUGUUUGAAGUUUCUGAUUCCAUAUUUAGAAACAUCGGAUAGAACCAACCUUCCAAUCAUGCCACGAGGUAAACUUGAUUUGAGAGAUGAUGUUGCAAUUGGAGAUGCAAAACGACAGAAAUUGGAAGAUUCCGGGUCUCCUGAGGAGCAUCUAGAUGAUGAUUGGUUCCAAAGGGUAAUUGAGACAAUGACGAAUCAACAAUCGAACAACUCUAUUUGUAGCAUAAGCUACAGUAUCCCGGAACCAUCUGAAUCUGGGAGCAGCGGAAUCGAGUUUUCUUGCAAAUCUGGAAAUUCGACAACUGCUGAAAGACAUGCUGAUAUAAUUUCAUGUGUCACUAAUUUCUUGGAAGAAAUUCCUAAUGAGAAACUCAUGUUAUGUAAAGUACGAUUAUUCCAGUUCAUUGAGGACGAAAAGGCUAAAAUGAAGUGCGAAAAGUGA